UAUAGUGAAGCAACAGCAACCCGAAAAGAGAGUGAGUGAGUGAGUGAGUGAGCAUGAGAAGAAGAGAGAAGUGAACAUAAAGCGCUCACAAUUAACUUUGUCACCAGCAAGCUCUGACAAGCGAAGAGAGGGAGUGUGUUACAAGAGGUAGCUAAUAUAAAGAGUGCUGUACGAGAGAGGAGUGUCUGAAGGACUUUUCUUUUUACUCAAGACUGAAGCCAAAAGACAUAAAAGUGGACAAACAGAACAGAACAUAGGCGAGAAGAGGACAUUUGCACCUCAUUUACUGCUGUCACUGCUGUGGUUCACGUGCUUGUACUGCCUGUACACACAUGGACGGUUAAUUUGUUUUGCUCUUUUUGUUUACUCCAUCUGUCACUCAAAGCUCGUGGGUUGGACGUGGGUUAGUUUGAUUUUCCUGACACAUUACAUCAUCGGGGCCAAAACGUCAGGGUAUUUUCGGAGAGGAUCUGUUUUCCUUUCAUUUCCUCUCAGUAAAUGAGAUGUGUAUGAGAGUGUGUGUUUUUUGUGUGAAGCAGUGUGUUUUGUUAGCCAUGUAAAUGAUCUUUCUACUUGCCUUUCUAGUGGGAAAAUCUUGUUUGGAGAGAAAAAGAGGUUGUAGUCUUUAAAGAGCCAUGUUAAGCAUCUAAAAAACACUGUUACUUAUUUUUACUGAUCUAUUGUGGAGCCUUUGCUCUGCAUAGAGAUAUUAAACUUGCUUAAACUUCUUUACUAUGUUUUGAGUGGUUUACAGCAUUGCCAGAGCUCUAAAAGCAGCUUUUUUAAAUGAAGUACUUUCAAACUGUGCAAGUUAUUAUUACUGUUAUCUGAAUAUCUGGAUGCUUCCAGAAAAUCUAUCUGAGCUUUUCUAAGUGGACACAGCCCUUUGUCUUGUUACGAAUGCAGGAUGCAACAGGAUGAGGUUGUCUGGUUUAGUGAAUUAGUUAAACAAGACUUAUUUAGAGGUUUUUGUGUGAGAUGACAAAACAUCGAGUGAAGCAUCAAGACCAGAGAAGCUUGGAGGGGUAAAAAAGCUGUGAGUAAAGAGGAAAGUUUGUGAGAAAACAAGGUUACAGACGUGCCAUUGUAUCUGGACCUCUGCCUGUUUUCAACAGCGGGAAACUAGAGGAGAGACUAGAGGGGAGAAAAAUAGACACAUGGACUUGAAUAAACAUUGCUGUGUUGGACUACUAGCAGUGAGUCAGUGAUAAAGUUGUGCUGAAAGGAAAAAGAGUUUGUGUUUAUGUGUGUAUGUUUUUUUUCUAACAGAUUUAUGAUUACAUAUGUCUAUGUUCAAGUCAGCACUAGGCUGUGUUCAGGUGUACACUAGUAAUUGCAUGGUCUUCACUAGGUUUGUUUAUAUGAGACAGGGGUUGCUCCAUUUGGCCAAACUGCACUGUGCUGUCUGGAUGGAACUCUGAAAACAGGUGAUGUGUCAGGAAUUUCCCAUAUUAGAAAGACAUCAGCUGUUCUGUUGGCUACGUUAUUCAAGGUGCUUUCCAGAAUCAUCAUCAGGUAGCAUCACCUCCAUAACCAGCAACACUACUGUGUCUGUUUGAUCCAGACUCUCUACGUCAAGACUCUUUGUGAGCCUCUCUCCUUACUUAAAUCUGUUUAAAAGACAGUUUGGGCUCAGAUUUGGCACCAUGAGGUUCGUUUGCUUAGUACUGACGGCCCUGUGCAUGGUGGCUGGAACGGGCAGUAUGUCCACCUGCAAAACUCUGGACCUGGAGGUGGUGAAGAAGAAACGAAUAGAGGCUAUCCGUGGUCAGAUCCUCAGCAAAUUGCGCAUGGCCAAAGAGCCUGAAGCUGAGAUAGAUGAUGUUGGACAGAAGAUCCCAGAUUCCUUGCUUUCUUUGUACAACAGCACUGUUGAACUGAGCGAAGAAAUGAAGCUGAAGACUGUCCCUCUGCAGGCUGAAGAUGAGGACUACUUUGGCAAGGAGGUGCACAAGUUCAUCAUCCGGCAAGCUCAGAAUGGCACAAAGCAUCAGAUGUUUUUUAAUGUAUCAGAGAUGAGACAGAGUAUUCCAGACUACCGGCUGCUGUCUCAAGCUGAGUUACGGCUUCGGAUUAAGAAUCCCACCAUGGACCAAGAGCAGAGGCUGGAACUGUAUCGUGGAGUAGGUGAUCAGGCUCGAUAUCUGGGCACCCGCUUUGUCUCCAAGGAUUGGUCCAAUCGCUGGCUCUCAUUUGAUGUGAAACAGACGAUGACAGAAUGGCUGCAGAGUUCAGAAGAUGAAGAAAGUUUAGAACUGAGGUUAUACUGUGGCUGUAAAACAGACCAGCAGAGUACAGAUAAGUUCCUCUUCACUAUAUCAGGACUGGACAAACAGAGAGGUGACACUGCCAGUCUGGCAGAUAUGAUGGUGAAGCCUUACAUUUUGGCUUUAUCUUUGCCCUCUAACGGCAACUCCCUUGCAUCCGUUCGCAGGAAACGAGAUGUUGGCACUGAUGUAACUUGUGAUGAAAAAACUGAGACCUGCUGUAUGCGUAAGCUUUAUAUUGACUUUCGGAAAGAUCUGGGCUGGAAGUGGAUCCACAAGCCCAAAGGAUACUAUGCUAACUACUGCAUGGGCUCCUGCACCUACAUCUGGAAUGCUGAGAACAAAUACUCUCAGAUAUUAGCCUUGUACAAACACCACAAUCCUGGUGCAUCUGCUCAGCCAUGUUGCGUACCUGCAGUCCUCGACCCUCUACCAAUUCUUUACUAUGUGGGAAGACAAAACAAGGUGGAGCAGUUGUCCAACAUGGUGGUGAGGAGCUGCAAGUGCAGUUAAAGUAUGACUAUAUAACAUUAUUUUAUUUUCAGAAAGUGCUCCAUGGCUCUAUCUCUCUCUGGACGAUAAGUAAGCAAACACACAGAUAGAUGGACAUAUAAAGUCUCACUGGGAAGGAAAAUCAGGAACUGAGACAACUGACAAGGAUGGGAAAAGAAAAAAAGGAGAGUCUUGUAAAAAAAAUAGGAGGGAAAAUGAAAGAGGGGAAUAAAUAUCUUUGAAAAUGAGACUUUCUCAGCCAUGCCCCUCUACAGUGGCACAAGUGCACACAAAGGCAUUCCGUUAAAGCAUUUCACAAAACAAGCUCAAUAUCAAACCAAAUAUAUGCUUUGUUAUCUUUUUUAUGUUUAUUUACAUUACUCAUUCCCAUUAAUUUAUUGUGCUUGUUAAGUUCAUAAUUUGAUUGUACCAUGAGGGCAGUUGUGUAGCAUUGCAUGCCAAAUGUACAAUGAAGAUUUCUAAUGGUGCUGUACUGAUAAAGGAAAUGAUGUCAAAGGAACAUCUAAUGUGUCAAUUAAUAGUAAAUACACAUUAAAGAGAAGUGUUUGCACUAACAACAGAGGUGAAGGCUCAUGACGUACAGUAUGUGGCAAGAAAGCUAUUGGCAUUGAAGCAUGCAUGAAUCAAAUGCUUUAAUAUUUGGGUGUUUUUUUUAAUGUGCGGGUUUUAUUGCUGUGCACAGCUGUGCUCUGAAACCCUCAGGAUCUCACCUGAGCAGGUGUUCCUGUAAACAGGGUCUUAGUGUAGACCAGUUGAGGUAUCAGCUUUUGAAAGCAAGAGGAACACUACAGGGUUAGUACUGAAUGGCAAACAUUUCAAAGCUCUCAUGUGCUCCUCAACUACAUAUUGCACUCUGUCAAGUGCCACAGGAAUAUGUCUUUUAUAACUUGCCUCUUCAGGUCCUCCUGUAGUCGGGGUCUGUUAGUUCUCAAAAAUAUCCACAGCUUUGCUAAAGGAAUAUGUUGGUCAAUCUCAGCAAAACAUGUCUGAGUCACAUUUAAAAAAAAAAAUCUAUUAUUUCUCACAAAUGUGAAUCUUCAUUUUAGGACCAUGAAUAUUGUUUGCAUUGUGUGAUUUUCUUGACAAAUUUACCGUAAAAUAAAAAAAACAUUUUAGUCACUGUAAUGCAUCUGGUCAAUUCAGUUAUUGUUUUACAAUAAAGACAUACAUGAUUUAUAAACAUAUUAAAUUAAUAAAUGUAUACAAUUUAAGUAAUCUUUUUAAUUACAGUAAAAGAUGCACUUAGUUGUCAUGAAAAUAAUGUCAUAAUACAAAGAAUCUGAUCCUAAAAACAGACUUAAUUUUCUUGCAAAAUAUUUACUUUUUUCUUCUGGUUUUGAGGUGAAAUUUGGGUUUUAUCAAAUUCACCCAUGUAUGUGCAAGUGUGUAUCUUGAUGUAUUAGUGUUAAUGAGGAAUUUUAGAAUUUUAGUAAAGAAAUGAUGGCUGACAA